AUGUUGCUAUCACACCUGCGAGACACUCCUCGCGAAGCUAGAGGCUGGAGGCUCUGGUUCAGUGCCUGGGCUGUCGGUGCCCUCGGUAUCUCCCGUGGCCUCGAUGAAGGUAUCAUCUCUGGUGUCCUCAAGCAGCACAGUUUCAUCGACACCUUCGGCUUCGAUGACAACUCGCCACAAGAGGCCACCAUUGCAUCCCAGCUCCAACUUGGAUCCGUAGCAGGCUCUGCUAUUGCAUUCUUCCUAUGUGACCGUCUUGGACGUCUUCGCACCUCGAUGCUUGCUUGCUUGAUCUGGAUCUUUGGUACUGCAAUCUGGAUGACCUCUGCUGGCGUCAACGGCACCCAUCAUGCCGGAAAUUACAACCAACUUCUUGCAGGCCGCUUCAUUGCAGGCCUUGGUGUUGGUUUCACUCCUGUUGUCGCUCCCGUUUACCUUGCCGAGAUUGCUCCCAAAGCCAUCAGAGGACUCUGCGUUUGCAUUUUCAGCGGUAGUGUUUACAUAGGUAUCCUGCUCGGGUACUGGAGUAACCUUGGAACGAGCAUCCACUAUACGGACUCAAAGCAAUGGACCAUCCCCGCUUCUAUCAACUUUAUCUCUGCCGGCUUGACCUUCAUUGCAUGCCUCUUUGCUAAGGAAUCGCCCCGAUGGCUGAUCAAGAAGGGUCGCUACGAGGAAGGCCGCAAGGUCCUCAGCUACCUUCGCAACCUUGACGAGGACCAUGCCUUUGUUGUUAACGAGGUUGAAGUGAUGGAACAGCAGAUCGAGGCCGAGAAGCAGGCUCUUGAAGGUCUUAACCUCUUCCAGAUCCUGAAGAAGCUUGUCACCAACAAGAACAACCAGUACAUUCUUUUCCUCGGUCUUGGUAUCCAAGUGCUUGGCCAGCUCAGCGGUGGCGGUGUCUACACUGUAUUUGCUCCCAAGAUCUUUGGCCUUCUCGGUGUUCCAGGAGGACAGAGGACCAAGCUUCUUACCACUGGUAUCUUCGGUAUUGUUAAGCUCCUCUCCUCGUUUGCUGCUGCUUUCUUCCUUGUCGACAUGCUUGGCCGAAAGACGGCUGUCACCACUGGUCUCCUCCUCCAAAGUAUCUGCUCGCUCUACCUUGCGCUAUUCCUCAAGUUCACUGCUGGUGUAACCAAGGCCAACGAGACCCACGCCGACAAAUCGGCUGCCACUGGUGCUAUUUUCUUCUUUUAUUUGUCUGGUCUCGCGUGGGCCAUCGGUGUCAACUCGGUUCAGUACCUCAGCCAGACCGAAAUGUUCGACAUCACCGUCCGAGCUCUUGGUGUAGCCAUUAUUUCCCUCGUCCACUUCGGCAUGCAGUACGUUGCCACCAGAACGCUUAACCCUAUGUUGCUAGCCUGGGGCAACUUCGGCACCUUCCUCUUCUACGCCAUGAUCGCCCUGACCGGCUGCCUCUUUGUUUUCUUCUCCAUGCCCGAAACUGCAGGCAUGCAGCUUGAGGACAUCCACAAGCUCUUCGAAAAGCCAUGGUAUUCGAUCGGUUGGACGCAGAACAGGCCAGCCAACAGGCGAAAGGCGUCGUCCACUGCUGGCGACGAGGCUCAGGAUGCUGGCGACUUGGCCUACUCUGCCGAUGGCCAGAAGAAGUCCAUCGACGAGGAAGAUGAGAAGAAGCACUAA